AUGACUUUUCAUUGGAAUGUUGCUAAUCCAAAAUUUGAUACUCUAGGCUAUAUAACAGCCGUUGCGAAUAUCAAAGAUAAACACGAUAAGUCAGCUCCCUCUGAUUAUCACUGGAAAAUUCUUAAAUGUAGAAUUAUUAUAUUUUCAAAUUCGUCUAUAUUAGCCAGUCCCGAUAAGAAAAAUUUGAAACAAAUUCACAUUAUCUUCAAUAAAACGGGCGACGACUAUGAUAAAAUUAAUUCAUUGUUCUUGAAAUUCUCUCUUAUACAGGAUGGCUCUAUAAAAAAGACUACGGCCGAUAUAUUCGAAAUGUGUUUUGUGUAUACAAUGACAGCUAAAAUUGCACCAUUAUGGAAUACAAUCGGCACUAAUUAUCUCAUUAAUAAUAGAGAUUUUCUUACAACCAAAGGACCCCAAGAUGGACUACAAUAUCAUAUAGCAAGUAAUGAAAGUUCUACUUACAUUGAAGUCAAGCCUGUAAAAAUAGUUAUUAUUAUGGAAUUGGAAGGUGACUUUGCUCCUGGAGAAUAUGUCAGGGUAUUACCAAGCUUAAAUAAAGCUAUAGUGGAGGAGCAUCACAAUUCGUUUCCAGAAAUGUGCGCUUUCAAAUUUUACAAGGAUUUACGUCGCCACUGGAAAAAUAUUCAUGGCUAUAGAUUGCCUGAACAAGACUGUUCAUCAUAUUAUGUAAUAAGAUUUUGGCGAGGAGAGCCCUUAACCUAUCCAAGUAUAUGUGUGACCAGGAAUUUACCCGUCAUUAUACCAAUGCGAAAAUAUGUUGAGGAAACCGUGAUAUUCAAAUUCAUCAGAGAUCUGAGGAGUAAAAUGUCUGGUAUUCUUGGGAUGCCAUUAAUUAUUCAAGAAAACAGGAAUUAUGCUCCCAGUACAUCACGACAAGAGAACAAUGAGAGCCUUGUGGAAACUCAAGAAGUAAGUUUAUGCACUCCAACACAAGCGUGUCCAUGGAGUACUUAUAAUACUAAUUAACUUUUGAUAGUAUUU